AUGCGGUAUGCCGAGGUGGCCCUCUGGGCGUCUUUCGCCUCAAUGUGCAGGGCCGACUCCUGUCCCAAGAUCGAUCUUGCUGUCCUUGGUCCCGUGUAUCAACCAGCGAGCAACAGCUCGUAUCAGGCUUUCAUUGACGCCAGUGCUCAAGCAGCAGCGGCACUCGAGGAAGCAAUAGCAACUGGGAACACCACUUAUGGAGCCUUUGACAAUCGAGCAACCUCAUUUUCGGCAUCCGUAUUUAGUCUGACGAGCGACGUACCUUUAUUCGAAUUUCAUUUCGAGGCGCCCCAGCUUAACGGCUCAUAUACUCAGGGGCAGCUCUCCGCAAACACGAUCUACAGGACUGGAAGCUUGGGAAAGCUCUUGACGAUAUAUACUUGGCUAGUGGAUAUUGGAGAUUCAAUAUACCUAGAUCCAAUCACGAAAUAUGUCCCCGAACUCGCCGCGGCUGGGGAGUCUUUCAAGAAUCCACUCUUGUCCACAAAUUGGAAUGAGGUCACCGUGGGAGCACUUGCUUCCCAGAUAUCUGGCAUUGGACGUGACUGUAAACAUCUCGGAGUCCACCUCGGCGACCUGGCUAUUCCUUCAUUCCAAAGCCCACCGAUCUCAAACGACAUCCCAGAUGGAUAUCCACCCUUGAACAACGAGACAAUCAUAGAGUGCACAUCCUAUGGCGAUACGCUGCCUCCUUGUUCGAGAGCACAAUUCCUGGACGGCAUAAUCAAUCACCCACCAGUGUAUCAGUCGUACACAACUCCCACAUAUUCGAACCUCGCCUACGCCAUCCUCGGCCUCGCGUACGAGAACAUAACCGGACGCUCGAUCUUCGAUGGCCAGCGUGAUGUCUUCAUCGACAAGCUGGGCAUGACAUCGACUACACCGACUGUUCCUGGCACUGGUGCAGACGCCGUCAUUCCAAGAAAUGAUAGUUACGCAGUGUUCUCGUAUGACAUUGGUAUUCAAGGGCCCGCCGGAGGACAGUAUACCUCUACAAAAGAUCUCAUUACCUGGGGCCGAGCCAUUCUCAACAACAGCCUGCUAUCGGACAUUGUCACAAGACGAUGGAUGAAACCUACAUCAUUUACUUCGCAGUGGGAAUCUGCUGUUGGUGCACCAUGGGAGAUCUACAGGCUUGCAAUCCCAAUCAACACAAUCAUCAAUGCCAGCCGGAUUGUCGACACGUAUACCAAAUCAGGCGACAUCGGUCAAUACUCGACGUACUUCGGUUUGGUCCCGGACUAUAACAUCGGCAUCACGGUUCUCGCGGCCGGAGAUAAUCCGAAUCGACAGGUCCCUCCAGUCAGAGGUACUCUCGUUGAUAUCUUCUACAAUGCUGCCGAACAGGCUGCAAAGGAACAAGCCCGCGUAGCGUUCACCGGCACGUUCAAAUCUACGGACCGUAACUCCAGUAUCACACUGGGCGUGGACGGCGGACCGGGUGUUGUUGUCCAGCAGUGGAUCAGUAAUGGUACGGACUUUCUGGCAAACGAGUGGCUCGCCAGCUACAACGACUUUCGCCUUUAUCCUACGAACCUGAAGACUCAGGCGGACGGUCUGACGUACUACAAGUACCAUCUCAACUUUCUGGCCUCGAAUGGUGAGCCUGUGACGGGAGAUCCGUGGUCCGAGUUGAAUGACUAUUGGCUCGAAGUUGAUGAAUUGAUUUACAAUGAUCUGGCGACUGAUGCUUUUGUGAUCGGGUUCGAUCAAGAUGGGAUUGUGCAGAGCGUUAGCUCGCAAGCACUGCGGACGAAUAUGCUGCGACAGUCAUAGCAGGGACCUUCAGGUCUUGUCGAUGUUCGCGCGUGGAGAUGGGGGACUCGUGUUUCAGCAAACUGAAUGUUGUGAUGGAGACAAGAAAAUUUGUUCAAGAAAAUCAUUUUUGUAACUGCCGUGGCGGUACCUCCCAGCUUCAGUGCACGAUGGACAAACGAAGGAUGUGCGCUCGUGCCUAUCCGUGCACCUGUGCAGUGGUAAAAGCACUUCGAUGCAAUAGUGUUCCAAUGUAACUUGAUAU